CAUUCCUUGUGCUGGUUGAUUCUCCUGUAUUUAUCACUAUUUGGCAAUAAAAAAGGGGAGGUGUCUGGGUUGAACGGUGUUGCUAGCAAAGAAACGGAGGCUGACUGCCUGAGGGUAACGGGAAAUCUAAAGGAGAAGCGAAGUAUUCUUUAAACAUUUCUAUGGUGUUUCAUGGAAACGGGAUUUUGGAAUCCCUCCAAUAGCCCGUUUUCUAAACAUUUUAUUUCCAUUGACUUAACCCUGGAUGACAUAGAUCACCCCCUUCACUUUGAUCAACUCUCUAGCAUUUUAAGUAAUAAUGUCUUCCUUACACUCAUGUAGUUGCACUCCAGAAUUGGUACCAUAGGUAUUUUCACCCUAGUCUAGCAGCUAGGCUGCUCCCUUAUACCCAGAUGAAUGAAGACUCCAUUUGGAAAGACCACUCCAGGCCAGAGACCCAGAGCUGAUGCAGGGCACGCUGGUGUUUCUGCAAAUAUGAUGAAGAAAAAGAACUCCCACAAGAAACACAAGAGCAUGGGCCCUCCCUCCAAGACGGCAUCCCAGCCCCGAAGGAACAUCGUGGGCUGUCGUAUCCAGCACAUCUGGAAGGAAGGCAGUAGUGCGUCUCCGUCCGUGUGGAAAGGCAGCGUGCUGGACCAGGUCCCUGUCAACCCCUCGCUCUACCUGAUCAAGUACGACGGUUUCGACUGCAUCUACGGCCUGGAGCUGAACAAGGAUGAGCGCGUGCAGAAUCUGGAAGUCCUACCCGACCCCCAUGCCAAUUCGCGCAUCAAUGACGUCAACCUGGCCGACACCAUGAUAGGGAAGGCAGUGGAGCAUAUGUUUGAGACAGAGGACGGGACCAAAGAUGAAUGGAGAGGCAUGGUCCUGGCCCGAGCCCCCAUCAUGACCACCUGGUUCUACAUCACCUACGAGAAAGACCCGGUGUUGUACAUGUAUCAGCUGCUUGAUGACUACAAAGAAGGAGACCUGAGGAUCAUGCCAGACUCCAAUGAUACCCCACCUGCGGAGCGUGAGCCAGGGGAGGUGGUGGACAGCCUGGUGGGGAAGCAGGUGGAGUACGCCAAGGAGGACGGCUCCAAAAGAACUGGUAUGGUGAUCCACCAGGUGGAGGCCAAGCCCUCGGUGUACUUCAUCAAGUUCGACGAUGACUUCCACAUCUACGUCUAUGACCUGGUGAAGACCUCCUAGGGUCUGAGGCCUGGUUGACAUGGGGAUCUGGGAGAGGAUGGGGAGGGAAUGGCGAGAGGGUUUGGGGGUAGAUGCGUGGUUGUCCACCAUGCAAAUCAAGACGAUUCUGCACCUUGUCCCAGUCCAAUUAACUUUUGCCAAAAUCCUGGUGGAAUUUUAUAAUGCAACGUGUUCUUUUUCAAUGCAAUUGAUGAGAUGCGAUACAUUUCACCGAAAGCCUUUUGAAUUGCUACUAAUGUAUAUGGGCACUGUGUCACCGUGCUAAAAGCCAGGUGAAUUUGUGACCAACAGGCCAAUGUGUUCAUAACAGUCUAGUGCCUGUUAUGAAGGGUGUAAACUGAUAUCAUCCCGUUGUAUGGGGAUUGGUAUAAGAAAUGAAGCAUAGUAUUUGCACACUGCAUAUUGGGCAAUUCUUGCCCAAGUUGGCAUCAAAUGAGACUUGAUGACCAAACCAGAUAUAGUGACACAUAUGUGAUCCUGAGAGCUUUAACAUGCAGAAGAAGAAAAAAAUCACUACCACCUCGACCGAUUAUUCACACCUAUUGUAACUGGCUGUGAUUUGUAUGGAAUGUGGAUGAUAAAUGGCAACAUAGGCAGUAAGCAAAGACAUUGGCUCGUGUUAACUGUUGAGGGGGUAGAUGAGCAUUGUUUAAAUAGAAAUAUUGUAUUUUCAAGAAUUUAGUUACCUGUUUGGAUAUAUGUACAGUGUAUUCAUAUAACUAAGCCUAGUGACAAUUCACAUUUUAUUAUAAGCACUAAUUUUGAAGAAUCUUAUUUGGUAAAAAAAAAAGGAUUCAUGCACUUGUUUUGUCUUGCUCUCUGAUUAGCAAUGAUAACAUCUUAUCAACAAUCACUUAAAGAUGGUUUAGACAGUUAUACAACUAAAGUAGUUACUUAAGACAGUCUGGGCAAUGUACCUUGCCAAAUCCCUCACUUCUAUUUAUUCGUCCAUCUAUAAAAAACGAACUAGAGAUGGCCUGAUGAUGGUACUAAGACCUCUUAUUAUUAUUUAUUGUGUACCCAUGUUUACAACCUUGUUCUUUACUUUUGUUGUGCUUAUUUAGAAGAAAAAAAACAAUCUGUUUGGACUUUUAUGAAAUAACCAUUUUAAAUGGUAAUGUAAUAUUUGUAUUCACCAUUAUUCGCCUUUUAUAAAUACUAAAUGCAGUAUUUAGUGUGCUAAAUUCUACAGAAGUGUUAAAAACUCUUUGAUUACAACAUUAAAGUAGUGACUGACAUGAUGUAGCCUUAAUUCUUGUGCUGACUUGUGGUAAAUAAGUAUCAACAGUGGAAAAAUGUGUCAGUUUGAACUCCCAAAACCACAGGAAUAUGUUGUGUCUAAGCUCCAAAAGCAUUGCAUGUCUUUGUCCUGUCUUUAUUUCAAUUGUGGGAAAUAAGUUUUGUCAUAUUCCAACUUCUACUUUCUUUCUAAAUAGUUAUUGCAAACCCAUGUUUCUCAGUGCAUGGAAUAAUGUGUUGACUUGAACUCAAUGAGUUUUUCUCCUGCCUCACGGUCCAUAGUUAUAAUUAAACAUGAAUGUACUGCUGCCUUGUCUGUUUAGGAAGUUAGCUAGUAAACCUAGAUAACUAUUGAGACCCCCUUGGGAAAGUUAGUAUCGCUCCUGGUAAAUAUUUUGUCAAUCUUUCAUGAGUAUGUGUAAGUUCAAUACUGCCAAGCUUAGAUUUUUAAAUGACUCCAGGUAGUCUUCCUUACACUCUGUAGACUUCCCAAACUUUGUACAUGUUCAAGUGCUCAGAGAAAGCUGGAGAGAUGAAGCUAGUUUUCACACUCUCCUGUAGCAGAAUAACAGACUGGAUAUUUCAGCUGUGGGAAGAAUAUAUAUUUAAGAAACAUUCACAAAUGUAACUUCCUCUUAUAUAUUUUCAAGUAUUUUUGUUUUCAUGUUUUUCUUAUCUUUCUCCCCUUUGGCCUGAAUUUGAGUAUUUAACCCUUGUGUUAUCUUCGGGUCAUUCUGACCCAUCAGUCGUUGUGACCCACCGUCGUAUUACGACAACUUUACCGCAUACAAAAACAAAGUGAAGCAUUUUCUUUUAACCGUUGGGCUGUCUCAGAACCCCCCACAUUGCAAAGGUUAAAUGAAAAUGAUUUUUAUUUGUUUUUGUAUUGGGUAAAAUUGGGUAAACACAACAAUGGUUCGUUAUGAAACUUUGGGUCAUGUGACCCGAAAGCAGCAAAAGCGUUAAAGAGUAGGACUUUGUUGAAGCACCUAUUGUUAAGUAGUGUGUAAAAUCAGCUGCAGUGUGGCUCCAUAAGGGAAACAUCUGUAUGACAAUAUAUCAGUUCCACGAAGGCACCAUGUGAGACCUUUUUUGAGUAUUUACGGUGACAUGAAUCUGCAGGUGUGUCAAAUUCCAAACGGUAAACUUUAUUUCUGCAAAUGGCAAGAUGUGGCCUUUAAUAACUGUUUAAAGGGCAUUGGCAUUUAAUAUUUACGUGCUGUGCUACUGUGUUUGUAUUCAGCUCAUUGUGGAAGGUUGGGUGAAGGAAAUUGAUGCAUAAAUCAUUUUGCAUGAGUAACAUUACGGUAGAGCUGUAAGUGUGUGUUUAGGGUUUUUUGGCAUUUCAAGAUACUUAAUAAAAAAAAAUUAAGAUGA